UGAAUGUAACAGAAUUAUUGCGAUUAUUAGAUCUACAAGCGUGAAAUAAUCCGAAAAAGACUUUUGCUGAGGUUGAGUAAGAAGAAAAGCUUCGUUUGUUAAAACUGGGAAAAUGAAAACAGUUGUGAAAUAUGGGAGAUGGUGAUAACAAAGGUAAACAUAUAAAACAACAGCCACGGAUAAGUAAUGUAAAAAGUUCGUCAGAGUCAGAGUCUAGAGUGAGUUCAGAAGAAUUUGCGAAAGAAAGGUUUUUAAGGACUAGCCAUGCUUUUGGGGGUUAUGAAUGUAAAACGUGCAAGAAAACUUUUGCACAUGCGUCAUAUCUAUAUAACCACAAGCGUAUUCAUUCAGGAGAACGUCCAUAUCAGUGUGACGUAUGCUUUAGAUCGUUUAUAGAGUUAGGAAAUUUAAAGAGACACCAGCGUGUCCAUACUGGAGAGCGUCCUUUCGAAUGUGACAUAUGCCGGAAGUCAUUUACACAAAAAGUAGUCUUGAAAGAACACCAACAGGAUGUUCAUUCUGCAGGCAGUUCUUAUGUGUGUGACAUUUGCAGAAAAUCGUAUUCACGUGCAGAACGUUUAAACAUACAUAUGCGAGUUCAUACAGGAGAUCGUCCAUACCGGUGUGAAAUAUGCAGCAAAUCAUUCGUUUGUAAAGCAGUUUUAAGGAAACACCUGCAUGUUCAUACUGGAGAGAAGCCAUAUGAAUGUCCAAUAUGUGGACGAAGGUUCUCGCAAACAGCAAGAGUAAAGGAACACAUACAGCGUGCACAUACUGUCGGGCGUCCUUACGAAUGUGGAAUAUGCAGAAAGUCCUUCAAAGUGUCCUCGGAUUUACAGAUACACUUGCGUAUCCAUAUAAUGGAAGGUCUCUAUGAAUGUGAGAUAUGCAGAAAACUGUUUACAGAAACAACCUUAAAGAAACACACUCUUGAUCAAAUGUGUAGAAAGAUACAUGUAUAUGAGGUUAAGCAGAAAUAA